AUGGGCAAAAUAUCCUGGAGAAGAACAUCUUUCAGGUUUCCAGGUCAUAAUUAUACUGGACCAGACACAAGGUUAGAUCUUCGAUUAGACGAAAACGAUAAACCCAAAUCAGAUGAAUUAAAUAACACAUCACUUCCAACAUAUGAAUUAACCGAUCAAGACAACGAACAAAUCAUAGGUUCUUUACCUUUAGAUACUAAAAAACCUAACACCACAGCAUGGAUAAAUAAAGCAAAACAUUAUUUUGUGGAUCAAAUUGGAGACACACUUAAAGAUGAUAUAGAUAUGAACAAUUUAAAACUAAUUGAAAGUCCUCUUGAAAUUGAUAAUGAUGCUGUUCAUAAGAAAUAUUUACUGGAUCAAAUCAAUUCAAUUGAAGUAGAUAAAAACCAUUUAGAAGAUAAAAUAAGUGAUGCGAAAAGAUACUUCAAACAUCAACAAGUAACAAGUUUGAAAAGUUGUAUUCAACAACAAUUAGUCAAUGUAGUGAACAAAAUUCAGUUACAAAAUUUAAGUUCAUCGAUAUCUCAAUUAGAUGAUAACAUUACAAAACAAAAAAUAGAUAACAUUGCUGCUCCAGGUAAAAAUGAAGAUACAUUUCAACAGGAAUUAACUGCUCUGGAAACUAAAUUUAACACUGAAUUACAAAAAGAACUAACAAAUAUUAUACAACUAAUACAAAAUAUUGAUGAUAGUGAAAUUAAAACCUAUAUUCAACAACAAAUACAAAAUAUUGAUGAUAGUGAAAUUAAAACCUAUAUUCAACAACAAAUACAAAAUAUUGAUGAUAGUGAAAUUAAAACCUAUAUUCAACAACAAAUACAAAAUAUUGAUGAUAGUGAAAUUAAAACCUAUAUUCAACAACAAAUACAAAAUAUUGAUGAAAGCAAAAUUAAAACUUAUAUUCAACAACAAAUACAAAAUAUUGAUGAGGGUGUUAUUUAA